AUGGUUCAUCGUUUCGGUUUUUUGUUCAGGGCAGUUAUUAUUCGAGAACUUGGCUUAGUGGAUAUCCCAAAUCUUGUUCUCUCUAUUGUCAAAUUGAAAUGGGGCAAAAGAGGUAGUUCAAAUGCACCAACUAAAGAUUGGAAAAUGGAUUAUAUGUAUGUACCGUCAAGAUAUUUAAAAGAAUCAUUAUCAUUAAUAUUUGCAACAAACAUUUUACAAACAAAUACCGCUGAUCGAACAUUCCUAUCAAUUGGUCUUGGAGCUGGUGCUGUGAACGGUUUUAUACAUGAAAAGUUGAAAGAUGUAAAUAUUAAAAUUGUUGAAAUUGAUCCGGCAAUUUUAAAUGUAGCAAAAAAGUAUUUCUCCUAUGCAGACGACGAUACGCAACAGUGUAUCAUUAAAGAUGGAAAAAUAUUUUUGCAAGAAUCUGUUCAAAAUGGUUUGUGCUUUGCCUUUUUUUUUUUGCUGUAUUGAAA